AUGUACGAGCCCACUACCUCGUUGAAUCUUCACCGGCUGAGCCGACAAAGCCUUCAGAAACGAUACGAGUCAGACGAGGAAGAUGUAUCCGAGUCAGAUGCCGGACCAGACUUGGUUCCCUCGCUGGUAGGUUCGAACCGAGCCGGAACUAUCGACUCAGACCUGAGUGCCGAUGAAAACUCGCACAUGGAUCCUGAUUCAGACCGGGAAGAGCAUCUCCUGGCUCCAUUCCCGGUGGUGAAACGGCCACGACCUGUCUCGAUGGACACAGUAAAGCGAAGCAGCGAUGCGACCUUUGCGGAAAACACUAGAGUGUUUGACCCCGAAGAAGACAUGGUUCUUGAGAUUCCACUGCCAGAGACUCCUCCUGAAAUAGAUCCGAAUUUCUACCUACAGCCGGCCAUCUAUGUCUCGCCAAAUACACCACCGACCCACAACAGAAGGUCUCGCUCUUCGUCGCCGUCUUCUAUCUUUUCCGUGGAGAACGCCGAGAUCCAGGUUGCUAAGAAGAUCACCUUGAUGGAGCCACCUACUCGCCCAACCCUAGUCUUCAUCAACUCUUUAGGGUCACGAUCCAAGGGUUCCAGGGCACGACCCAGCCAUUCCCGAACACGGGGUAACGCGCGAAACAGAGAAUCUCGCAUUUUCGAUGGAAAGCUCGAAGGCAGUCUUCAAGUCCCACAUCUGGCAGACGUUAAACCCAAAUCGCCUCGUCCAGAACACUCAACAGACCAUGGCUCAACCAACACAACCCCAGACCUAUCCACUCUCCACGAGGACUCCCUCGCCGUUCGACGUGGUACAGGCACUGGCGCAAGCGCAACCAUAAACAGAGUCUCAGAAAUCCCAGUCCUGCCCUACUUCCCCCCAUCACCCCACGAGCCCGAGCGACCGGUCUCGCUCCGCUCAAGACCACGCACAUCCGGCUCUGAAAAACCAUUCCGGUCAUCCCGCCGACCAACAGAACCAGGUCUCCGCCCUCCAGCACUCCGCACAGACAGCAACAGCAGCAUGCCCUCCUUCUCACCACGCCCCGCCUCACCGUACGAUGAUCCAAGAACCUACUUCGUUCCGGACCACCGCAGUGAAGGUGCAUCACUUUCUUCUCGAGCAUGCAGUCCUACUUCAACAUCCUCUUCUCCACCACAGCAAUACAUCCACACAUCUAAGCGUGGUCCCAUCGCUCCACUGACACCCAGCAACCCAAAUAUCUUCUCGCAGCGCUCCCCGAUGAUGCGGCGGAUGACACGGAAACACUCUGCCGCGUCGAGUAUUCACUCUAUCAGUAGUAUGCGCUCGGAGGUGGACAUGAAUAUCGCGUAUGCGGGUGCCAGCCAGACGGCUGUUAAUACGAAUUAUGAUUCGAGACUCGUGCGGAAAGGGAGUCAGAGACGCCAUGCUAGACAUGCUAGUUCUGCGACUGGUAGUUCUGGUAGCUCGCGCGGAUUCAUGGGGUUGAAGCUUGGGAAAAGAGCGUUUAAUAAGGUUUAA